AUGAUCGAUUCAAGGAAGGUAUCAACUCCAACAAGCCAACAUUUCAAGCUUUCUACCAGUCAGAAGCCAUCAUCUGAGAUGGAAAGGAAACAGAUGUCUAAGAUCCCUUAUGCAAGCAUUGUAGGGAGUAUAAUGUACAUGAUGUUGUGUACAAGGCCUGACUUGUCACAUGCUAUCAGUUUGACUAGCAGAUUUAUGGCUGAUCUAGGUAACGAACAUUGGCAAGCUCUGAAGUGGAUAAUGAAGUAUCUAGUGGGCACACAGGAUCUUGGGUUGUUGUUUUGCACAAAGGAUGGUGAAGAUGGUCUUAUUGGGUAUUGUGAUGCAGACUAUGCAGCCAACAUUGAUAGUAGAAAGUCUCAGUCUGCAUAUAUAUUCAAGCUUUUUGGGACUGCCAUUAGUUGGAAGUCCAAUCUUCAAUCAGUGGUUGCCCUCUCCACAACCGAAGCAGAGUAUAUUUCUAUGGCAGAGGCAGUCAAAGAGGCCAAAUGGUUGAAGGGGAUAUUGGGAGACUUUGGGGUGGUUCAAGAGGCAGUGACAAUACUUUGUGACAACAACAGCGCUAUAAGUUUGGCCAAGCAUCAAACCUUUCACGAGAGAAGUAAGCAUAUUGAUAUAAAGCUGCACUUUGUGAGAGAUGAGAUUGGAAAAGGUGUGGUGACUGUGAGAAAGGUUCACACAUCAGAAAACGCAGCAGAUAUGAUGACAAAGGCUCUACCAAGUGCCAAGCUUGAGCAUUGCUUAGACUUGGUUAACUUGAUUGCUCGAAGAUGA